GUUGAUAAGUCUAUGGCUGGCUGGAGGGCGUUUUGCGAGGAUUUGUCAAUGUUCUGUCGGUUUGUCACUUGACAAGUUUUCAUAUUUUUGACUGCUUGAGAGAUAAUCAAGAGCUAUCAGCAAUUUAAUUUUGGAAGACUUUUAAAAGUGUACAAUGACAGAUUCAAAGUAUUUCACUACUACCAAGAAAGGAGAGAUAUUUGAACUCAAAUCAGAAUUAAACAAUGAUAAGAAAGAGAAAAAGAAAGAAGCUGUGAAGAAGGUGAUUGCUUCCAUGACGGUGGGCAAGGACGUAUCUGCACUCUUCCCUGACGUGGUUAACUGCAUGCAGACGGACAAUUUGGAACUCAAAAAGCUGGUGUAUCUGUAUCUGAUGAAUUAUGCCAAAAGCCAACCAGACAUGGCCAUCAUGGCUGUCAACACGUUUGUUAAGGAGCUAGCGACUUCUCCGAUGGCAAAGGAUUGCGAUGAUCCGAACCCGCUGAUUCGAGCAUUAGCAGUUCGCACAAUGGGUUGCAUACGGGUGGACAAGAUCACUGAGUACCUCUGUGAACCACUGCGAAAGUGUCUGAAGGAUGACGAUCCGUAUGUUCGUAAAACCGCAGCUGUUUGUGUGGCCAAGCUUUAUGAUAUUAAUGCAUCGUUAGUGGAAGACCAAGGGUUUCUGGAUCAGUUGAAAGACCUCCUAUCAGAUAGUAAUCCCAUGGUUGUCGCAAAUGCUGUAGCUGCUUUAUCUGAGAUCAACGAAGCGAGUCCCAGCGGGCAGCCUCUGGUUGAAAUGAACGCACAGACUAUUAAUAAAUUAUUAACAGCACUGAACGAAUGUACGGAGUGGGGUCAAGUUUUCAUUUUGGAUUCUCUUGCAAAUUAUUCACCGAAAGAUGAUCGUGAAGCACAAAGUAUAUGCGAGCGUAUUACUCCGCGCUUGGCGCAUGCCAAUGCCGCCGUCGUUCUGUCGGCUGUUAAGGUACUAAUGAAGUUGAUGGAAAUGUUACACUCGGAAUCUGAUUUUGUCGGUACAUUAACGAAAAAGCUAGCUCCGCCUCUGGUAACUUUGCUUAGCUCUGAACCUGAGGUGCAAUACGUGGCAUUACGAAACAUAAAUCUUAUUGUUCAAAAACGUCCGGAUAUUUUGAAACAUGAGAUGAAAGUUUUCUUCGUUAAAUAUAACGAUCCUAUUUAUGUCAAACUCGAAAAAUUGGAUAUUAUGAUUCGUUUGGCGUCUCAAGCGAAUAUAUCACAAGUAUUGUCUGAACUAAAAGAAUAUGCGACGGAAGUUGACGUAGAUUUUGUAAGAAAAGCUGUAAGAGCUAUUGGCCGUUGUGCCAUUAAAGUCGAGCCCUCUGCCGAAAGAUGCGUUUCGACUCUCUUAGAUCUUAUUCAAACAAAGGUCAAUUACGUCGUGCAAGAGGCAAUCGUUGUCAUAAAAGAUAUCUUCCGAAAGUACCCGAACAAAUAUGAAAGUAUCAUUUCCACACUUUGUGAGAAUUUGGACACCCUCGAUGAACCUGAAGCUCGCGCAUCUAUGAUAUGGAUUAUCGGAGAAUACGCAGAACGUAUUGACAAUGCAGACGAAUUACUCGAAAGUUUCCUAGAAGGGUUCCACGAUGAGAAUACACAAGUUCAGUUACAAUUGCUCACUGCAAUUGUUAAACUGUUUCUGAAGAGGCCCACGGAUACUCAAGAAUUGGUCCAACAAGUUCUCAGUCUAGCUACGCAAGAUUCUGAUAAUCCCGAUCUUCGAGACCGUGGAUUUAUUUACUGGCGAUUGCUUAGUACGGAUCCAGCGGCUGCAAAAGAGGUCGUCCUCGCUGAGAAACCUCUUAUCUCGGAAGAAACGGACUUGUUAGAACCAACAUUAUUGGAUGAACUGAUAUGCCAUAUUUCGAGUUUAGCAUCUGUAUAUCACAAACCACCAACUGCUUUCGUUGAAGGUAGAGCAGCAGGCGCUAGAAAAUCGUUACCUGCUAGAAGUAAUUCGAACGAAGAUUCAACCCAACACGCUGCGCAACCUCAUGCUCAAGUUAUUCCUGCUCAAGAUUCCUUAAUCGGCGAUCUCCUUAGCAUGGAUAUAGGUGGUCCGGCCAUGGUUCCUCCAGCACCAGCACCCCAAUCGGCAUUAGGUAUAGAUCUGUUAGCAGGUUUAGAUGGGAUCUUGGGUGGACCUGACACUGGAAAUAGUGCACCUGUUGUGUCUCAAAGCACUACUGGACUUCUGGGUGAUAUAUUUGGUUUCAAUCAAGGACCCACGUCUUACGUAUCGCCCAAAGUUAAUUGGCUGCCUGCAGAGAAGGGUAAAGGAUUUGAUAUAUGGGGAACGUUCUCGAGGAAAAAUGGGCAAAUCAGUAUGGAUAUGACAUUUACUAAUAAAGCAAUGCAACCCAUGGGUGGCUUCGCGAUACAAUUAAACAAAAACAGUUUCGGUUUAACACCGGCUGCACCGUUGCAAGUACCAACUCCUUUAAAUCCUGGUGCUAGCAUAGAAACCAGUCUGAGCUUAUCCACUGGUGGUGCAGUCCAACGGAUGGAACCUCUGAACAACCUUCAAGUUGCAAUAAAGAAUAAUAUCGACAUAUUUUAUUUUGCCUGUCUUGUUCCGAUGAACGUGUACUUUUCAGAGGAUGGGCAACUAGAUAAGAGAGUAUUUCUUAGUACGUGGAAGGAUAUACCUGCUCAGAACGAGGUGCAGGACACGUUGAAAGGAGUAAUGUUGAGUGCAGAUCAAAUUGUUCAAAAAAUGCAACAGAAUAAUGUAUUCACAAUCGCUAAACGAAACGUGGAAGGGCAAGAUAUGUUAUAUCAAUCACUUAAGUUAAUAAAUAAUGUAUGGGUAUUGAAUGAAUUAAAAAUUCAACCUGGAAAUCCUGAUGUCACCCUGUCUUUGAAAUCACGUUCAGUGGAAGUUGCGCCAGGCGUAUUCCAAGCGUACAAUGCGAUCUUACAUUCUUAAGUAGCUAAUUCAACCCAACCGACAUUAAGUUUACGCAACGUUUCGCGCCUUAAUCCGACAGUUUGUUCGUAUAAAUCAUUUAUAUGUAUCAGUAGCGCGUAUAUAAAUCAUUUAUAUGUAUUAUCCAGUCGGAUAUUAUUGACUACGUUUAUCUGUAUUUUAUGAUAAACAUACUGAAUUUAAUAUACAGUUAAAUUUAUUAUAAGGAAAAUGAGUGUAACGUCGAAA